CAAAUUUGUUUCAACAAAGGGUAGAACAAAAACGACGUCAUUUCUUGGUGAAAUCUCGACCCUCAGUUCAGUUGUGCCCGUAACAGCUUCUCGGCCAAAAUAAAUGAAUAUCCAAUAUCCUCUCUGAUUCUCUCUCACCUCCUCGUCCCCACCCAGCAUAGUUGAACUAAAAAUGUAUUUUUGAACUUCUACAGUAGAAUUAUCUUUACCUGCUUUCAAAAUGAUGGUGGCUUUAGCCUCCUUAUCUUCGUGCAACGCAAAUUCAACUUUCUAUUUAUCAAAAACUUCCAUUCCAUGGCACCCAAGGUCAUACUAUUGUUCUGGGCAACAAUUGAAUGGAAAAACUGUUCCUCCAACUGGGCAUGAGCAGUCAAUAUAUGGUUGUAGGCUGAGAGUGUUGGCUGCCUCCGGAGACUCUUCGAAAAACUCAAGCAACUCGAAAGGAGAAGAAGACGGUAAUGAUGACCCAUCAGUCCCUUCAUGGGCGAAACCCGGUUCGGAUGAGCCGCCGCCUUGGGCACGCCAAGAGGCCCAGAUAAAGUCUUCUGGGUUUGAAGUUCCCUUCUAUGUAUACUUGCUUGCAUCAGCUAUCACUGCCAUUGCCGCGAUAGGUUCCGCAUUCGAGUACCUGAAUCAGAAACCUGUUUUUGGAGUUCUGAACUCAGACAGUAUAUUUUAUGCUCCAUUGCUUGGGUUCUUUGCAUUCACCGGCAUCCCCUCUUCUGCAUUCCUUUGGUUCAAAUCAGUUCAAGUUGCAAAUAAGGAGGCAGAAGAGCAAGACCGAAGGGAUGGUUACAUGUAAUCGUGGCAUUUUCUUCGUACUUUCAUUGUUAUUCCUGAGGAUAAAUUCCAUUGUUUCCUAAUUAUACAUGAUAACUGAUUGUUUCUUCUCUGCAUUUAUUUUUAAUGGGUAAGCAAGGGGAUAUAGAUGCUGCAAUGUAAAUGAAAAUCAUCCUUCUAUAUAAUGCAUCAAUUUUGUAAUUGAUCAAUUGAAAGUUUCAAGUUUAAGAAGGGGUUACACCAUUGUCAA